CCUCCUGGCUCGACUCCCCUCCUCACCAUUCCCCUUCCCUCCCUCCCUCCCUUUCUACCAGAUCGUAACUCUCACCUCACCAUGACUUCAAGCCUUUCCCAACCAACUCAGUCACCUCGAUCACUGGCAAAGCAACUCGAGACACUACCGUCGUUCGCCUUCUUUCGGCCUGCGUCGCCUCACGACUCGUCCGGUGCGAGUUCAACGCGCAACUCCAGUCCACGGCUGCAAACGACGGGGCACCCGCAGACCUUCCUUCGACGACGUUUCUGCGACAAGGGUGAAGUUGUCGGCAUCCUCCGAGGCCUGGAGCAGGCCCUGGCAGCACGGGGUGGCUACAAGAGCAGGGGACGGAUUGCAAAGCCGGACGGCAGGCUCUCUGCAUGGACGCCAAAGCUGGAAGAGGACGAGCAGGAGAUAAUGCAGUCCAUUGUCCAAUGCGACCCCUACAUGGCACAGGUGGUUGGCAAGAUGCAACGCGAUGGUGUCCCGGCCCUGCCUCCGCCGUCAUACUCCCUCCUCAAUGCACAGUUCCAGCCCAUGGCUGCAAACGAGGUGCGGCGGAGCUUGCCCAACCUUCUGUCUUCCGAGGUCACAGCCAUUGUCCGUAAGGCCUGGUCCAGGCCCAUCGAAUCGUGUCCACAGCAGCAGGCCAGUCGACCCGCAGCUGAAAGCCAGUACGUUGCCAGUCUCCUCCGGCUUCGUGACAGCUGCCUGGACAAGCCCCCAGCCGAGAUCAGGGAGCCCUUGCACCUGGGUCCGUGGCCGCACAAGCUUCCGUCCGACCUGGUGGGCUGCCUCGACAGGCCAGCUGGUGUCUGUCUUUGGCAAGGCCAAGCAGACCAUCCCCGAGCUGGUGCGGUUCGCGUGCCCGUUCGCCCAACGCAGCAAGACGUAGCUGUUGCCAGCGAUGACGUCGUCACGAAGGAUCUGGAGGCAAUGUAUCGGAUGACCAACGUAGUGGCUGCAAGUCAGCGCCUUGACGGCGUGUACUGGGCCAAGAUCGAGGAGUAUAUCCGUAGCCUCUCGUACGAUUUCCUCGAUGUCUACGUUGCGACGAUGCCAAUCUUUCGCCCAACGACGCCGGAUAAUGAAUACCAUGGGCACCAUUACGUACCCAGGACAGCAGGUGGAUUGACAGUUCCCACUAUGGCGCUCGACUACUCUUUUCGCUGAAUGUAGUCUGUCCGGCUCUGCGAUCAGCGUGCGCAGCCUGGCCAACCGCAUCUAUUUCGCCUUCCUCGGCGUAUACCAUGGCAUUGCAUUGGUGUGACGAAGUCUAUAUUGUCAUGGUCUGACGAAGUCUACCUGACCUUAGGAAACAGUCAUGUUAACACUAUUAAACGCCCCGAUGAACGGCCAAUGCAUCAGAGAUCCGAGCGCCAGCCUGUCACUAGAAGCCUUAAUCUUCGCCCAAGCUCACUGAGCUUGCUUAGACUACCUAUCUACAUAGGAAUCUACUUCCGCUACACGAUGUUGACAAGGAAAACACACUUCGGAAUCGUCGAGGUGACCUUACUAUUGACAAGUAGUAGUAGUAGCGUAGCAGUAGCUUUAUUACAAUUCUCCACGUGGAAUGGAUAUCUGAUUAGCC